AUGAUACGCAUAUAUUCACGAUUUUGUUUAACAUCAGAUGAAGAAGGCAUGUUGGAAACUUAUUCAAUAUUAAACUUUUUUAUAUUUGAAUAUAAUAAAGAAAAAUGUAUUAAACGUAUAUUGAAUCCAUUAUUUAAUGAAGCAUUUUCAAAUCUUGUAAACUUAAUUCAUCGUGAUGAUGUUGAAAAUAUAUGUCAAAAUAUUACUGUUGGUAGACUAAACAAAGGUUCUGUUGAUGAUGUUUAUUUAAAAGAAACAACUAUGCCUUUGAACGAUUAUAUUAGAGUAUUAUUUGAUUGGAUUAAAGAUCGUACUUUACAUCGAAAUUCAAUUGCAAAAGACAAAAACAAUCCAUAA